CACGUGGGGAGAGGGUCCAAUGUCACCAUCCUGUGCUGGAACUGGGAUUAUGGAUCCUCCUUCCUCCUGCACAAGGGUGGGCACUCAGCCCCUGUCCAGCGCCAGGACCCCAGUGGUGGAGGAAUGGCCACCUUCACCCUCUUUGGGGUGUCCCCAGCUGACACCGGCACCUACAGCUGCUCCUACCGCCCCUGGGGUCACCCCUUUGUGUCCUCACCCCUCGGGGACAGCGUGACACUUGAGGUGACAUCCCCACCUACACGUCCAGGUGCCAAUGGGGAAUCCCGUGGGAGCCUGGUUGUGGCAGUGGCAGGGGGCUGUGCCACUGCCCUCGCCUUCGGCCUCAUCCUCAUCACCUUCUUCCUCCUGCCUGCCCGCAGACGCCGGAUACAGAGAACUGCCAGCUCUGGUGAACCCCUCAAGAGUUCCAAGGCCAAGGAGCUCCAGGUAAGAGUCUGUGUGUGAUGACCUUAAAUUCCAAACUGCUCCCUAAGCUCUCCACCUCCUAGCAGACCAUAAGAGGAACCCAAAACUCAUGGUGAACCCAGAAGACCUCCAGUACUGUAUGGCUUACCAUAACUUUAUCUGCACUCCCCAAACCCAACCCAUGCACAACCCAAAUCCACACUGUGGAGAGUCCCCACAUCCUUCAUCUCAGCCCCCAUAUUCCCUGAGGACAUCCACACCCCAAGCUCAACACAAACUCCAUGAACAUCACAGAACAUGAACCCAAAACACCACUCAUCCGGACCCUUAGUGUCUGACCCAUGGCGCUGACAAUCUCAGCCAACUGUCGAAUCUCCAAACCCUAAAUGUCCACUGAAUACCCCAUGGGCAACCACAAAUACCUAUGUCAUCCCCGUA